AAUAUAUAUCUUUUUUGUUUAAAGAUUAGAACUUAUCUCUUCUAAUUAAGUUGAUUAUGCCAAAAAAGUAAUUAUACUGAUUUUUAAUUACAACAAAAGAUAGAAUAGAAUGAUAUUUGCAGAACGAAAUGUAUUGACAUUUACAUAUUUUUGAGGGAAUUGUCGAAUGCAUUAUACACGAUGGUCAAAUAAUGCAUCGCGUUGCAAGAAAAAGGGUAGCAUUAUUCCGCAGUCGGAAUCGAUCGCGCAUCCGCUCUUUUGACGCGAUCGAGAUAGAACUGCAUGCGAAAUAGGAAGUACAGCGAGGCGAAAAAGUUCUUUUGUAAUACGAGCGUGCUUACGUAAAUACUUUGACGAUGAAAGGGGAGAAAAGGGUCAUAGUGGCAAGAUGCGAGAAGUUUUGGUGAGAUAGCUGCUCUCGAGUGUGUCGGAAAGUGCAACAGUUUCUCUUAUCAGUACGCUCGAUAAAAUAAGAAUCUACGGAGGAAGCUACUAUAAGUUACUAAGUAAUGACGAAAAGUUAGUUGCGAUAAAUUGACGAGUAAAUGGAUGCUUUGUCAUUAUUAUCGUGCUGUUUAACUCGUAGUUCUUUCUCUGUGCGAAACAAAAUUUGUGUAUACUGCGCGAAACAUAUGUAUGUAUGUAUGACGAAUUGAAGCAUGUACCUGUCUCUCAAGUUUUUCUACCAGGAUGAUGUCAUCACCUUUUGUAUAUGGUAUCGGUAUCAAAAUUGCUAUUUGCAGACAGAUCCGUGAGAAGCAUGAAUUUAUCGUACCGCGGAAUAGAAAUCGGCAGCUGGAUUGACAUCAUAGUGGAGUGAGAAAGUGCUUUUACGUUUCUCUGAGUUUUUAUCGAGAAAAGAAUCGAAACGAAAAAGUAUCGUUUCGUUAAAGCUACAUCUGCUAUUUUAAGGGAUCGUAAUUUGGUUCCGUAAUACAUAUAUUGAAAAUAAAUUUUAUAACGCGUUAUAACUAGAGGAGGAGAGAGAGAGAGAGAGAAAAUGGACGAUAUUAUAAUCGGGAAAGAGAAUUACUAUGAACGUGAGUUUAAAAUUUUAUCAUUUUACUCCGAAAAAAAAGAAAAAAUUCUGCACGUGCAUAUAAAACUUGGGGACAAGGUCUAUUUUUAAAUCCCAAUUUAGAAGAAAAGUUUUGCAUAAAUUGGUGAAGUAAUUUUCAUUAUUAGACAGAAGGAAAGACGGAUGGUGAAUACGGCGGAUGAAUGGAAUUGCGGAAUAGAUGAAUCCUAUUUUAAGUUAAAAACUUCGAAUUCUCUCUCUCUUUCUCUCUCAAACACACGUACAUGCAUACACACAUAUUUCUACUCGUUUCAACUUAUCAAGGACCUCUUGAACCAGCGUCUCGAUAAUCUCUAAUCCAAUUUUCCUUCUCCGUCUAUAUUAUAGAUAGAAUCAUAGUUUAGAAAGGAACAGCGAAAUUGUUGAACCGGUUUGUGAACUAAUUCCUACUGUUGGUGUUCAAUUCGGUCCAACUCCCCGUACCCUGGGGAAUAGUUAGUGUUAUACCUAAUAAUCGUACUUCCUUUGAGACACGAGUUUUCAAACUUGCUCCAAUUCCUCCUCUAAAUCCAAUUUCCCCCCCUCUGCGCCAUUGCAUAACUAUAAUAUAUUGUUACUUUAUAGUUUAAUAGAUAGGAAGAUAUGCGUGCGAUGUGGAAUUAUGCAUCAUGUUUCAACUCGGAGAUUAAGUGCUGUCGAUGUUUAAAUAAUUGUCAAAUCAAGAUAGCAUCGGUACUCGAAGAAAAUCGAUACACAUUGAACAUUAUUAUUGUUUAAAAUAAUGAAAGAAAAGAUUUUGUAAUUAGUUAAUGACAAUCAAUAUAUAAUGUUAUAUAUUAUGCGUAUAAUAAUGUAUGUAUAAUUUAUAAAAAAAAUUGUACCAUCUCCGAUUAUCUUAAUCGAUCGAUUAAAUUAAAGUAUUGUCAACUACAAAACACAGACAUAUCUUAUUAUAAAUAAAGUCGAUCACUUUUAAGUUGGCAAUUUUUAUAUUUAAUCAAUCGAUCAAGUUAAUCGCAGAUGAUAAAACUGGUUCUAAAAUUAAGAGAAAUGUAUCGAUAUAUCGAUACUAUUGAUAAUAUCGAUAUAUCGAUACAUCUGAUAUUCGACAGUACGUCGCAUUCACAUUAUUAUACGGAUCGUCGUCGAUGGCUGAAGGGAUGAAUAUCAAAGGAGAAAUAUUUCACUUUUCAAACAAGGGAAGACGACACGCGCCCGAAAGAGGAAAAGAAGAAGUGGAAGGAUGCGGAGCAACGGAAAGAGGGUUGGAAAGAGAGUCUCACGCCGGGGGACGGCAGAGGGUGCGGAUGUACCGCGGGAAGCAGGCAGCAGGGAGGCGUAUAGGGAUGCUGCGAGAGAGCACAGAGAGAGGUGUUUCAGUCGCGCGACGACUCUCGUCCCGGCCAGUCGAUAGUCGAGGAGUCGUUUCGUUCUACGGUCAGCGUCGGUGGUUACGCAGCGGGAAAUCGCGCCGCUCGGGAAGAGACGCGCGCGAGACUCGCCGCGCAAUUUUUUCCGCGACCUGAAGUCGGCCGCGUCUCUCCCUCGCGCGCGCGCCUACUAUCCUCGCGCUUCGAGCGCGAGCAAUGUCAGACCGAAUCCCGCGCGCCAACCACCUGUGUCGUGUCGUCGUUAACGUCAACGACGACUCCUCGUUAUUCUCGGGUAUAUCCUCGCGAUAUCGAUAGACAUACGUACGAAUGGCGCGUCGAGGUCGUCGCGGACAUUCGUUGUCGUUCUCUCGCGAGGAGGACGUCCGCGCGGAAAAAACCUCAAAGCGAGAGAAGUAAGCUCGGGGAGUCAAGGUCGUCCGGAGAGUGCAGCCUCCCUCUCUGUCUCUCUCUUUCUCGCUCUCUUCUCCUCCUCCUUCUCCCUCUUCCCACCUUCUCGUGACAGCUCGAGGGCGUUGGAAAUUCGACGAGCCUGUGCCGAGUACCGGAAUCACCAGGUUACGAUGGGGGAAGGAUCAUCUUCUCGAUGAAGACCGAGAUGGAAAAUAGUUUCCUAAUUUCGAGCACGCCGUUGAACGACCGUGUCCAGAAUCCGCCGAGGCUCGUCUAACAUCGUAUAACAGCCGAGUGAGGGACUCGAGGCGAAUUUGACAGUAAGCAAGAAGGAUGUAAUUUGCUAUUCGCCUCCUCGAUGAAGGGGUAACGUGACGUGAAUAAAGGUGCAACGAGCGCGAGAGGAAUAGAAGCGGAUUCUUGACAUCGGCGAUGUCGUCGGAAGCGUAAAAGACGCGAGAUCGCGUCCUCCAUUCGCCCUUGAAGAUGCUGGUGGACGACUGCGGAAACGGAAUGGGGUGGACCGCGGCCGGCGUGCGUGGGGGAUGGUCCACCCCGGGAUGCAGAAAUUCAGCCAUGAGCUUCGGCGGCAGCGUGCCGUCCUUGCACCCGACCGGUUCGAUAAGAUCGUUACGCUCGCAACAUUCUAUGCAGGUUCCGCCCGAGACACCGCGAAGAUGCAUACAUUGUCAUCCGGUACAUGUUCCCAGCACCCCCAAUAAUUACAUGCAACAUCCCAUGCAGUAUUAUACGCCGACUCAUUGUAUGGAGGGUCAAAAUGGCACGUAUACGCCACAUCGUGGAAGUUCAUAUCACGGCGACACUCGGCUGCGGUAUAUAGACGGGGACGAGACUAUAGGUAACACGAACUGGGUCCUCGGUGAUUUACGCAGUCUGCAUCGCUGCGUACCCGCAUUACGUCGUACAGGCAUAGACGUCGCCGGCAUGCGGGCGCAUUUCUAUCCGGAGGGUGGUUGGGGCUGGUUGGUCUGCGCCGCCGGUUUUCUCGCCCUGUUGCUCACCACCGGGAUGCAGCUCGCCUUCGGAUUGCUCUACCUUUACGCCGUACGUCAUCUCGGCGAGGUUCACCUGAUGGACAUAGUGUGGGCGGGAGCGUUGAGCGCCGCGGUUUCUCGCGGUUCAGCGCCGCUGAUCGUCGGCGCGUGCCGUCGCGGCAAUACGAGGCUCACGGCGGUGAUCGGCGGCCUCGUGCUGGCUCUGGCAUCCCUGUUCACCUCGUUCGCGCUCCAUAUGCAUCAAGUGCUCCUUAGCUACGGACUGGUGCUGGGUACCGGCGCCGGCCUCGUGAGAGAAACCGCCGGUCUGGUAUUGGGCAAUUACUUCAGGAAACGGCGGGAGUUCGUCGAGAUGGUGGUGCAAGCCGGCACCGGCGUUGGAAUAGCGCUUUUCAGCGUCUUCUACAAGGAAGCCGUCGGGAAGCUGGGCUGGCGGCUGGGGCUUCAAUCGGUAACGGGCGCGCUCUCGUUGGCCUUCUUUCUGGGACUGAUAUACCGGAGCGCCUCUCUAUACCACCCGCAACGCCGGGCGAUAUUGCAUCUGAAGAAUCAGCGCAGCAAGCUCAAGGAGAAGAAAUCCGCGACCAAGAUGCCGAGGCAGCCCCUGGUCGAUCUCAGCCCUCUGGGAUCCCGUCCCGUGAGGAUGCUCAUGCUGGCCGCCGGAGCCGCCGGUUUCGGUCUCUACACUCCAGCCUUCUACAUCGCGCUGCAAGGCUACCAGGACGGGUUGGAGGCCAGCGCCCUGGUGUUGCUGCAGACCUGUCUGGGGCUGGCGGCCGCACUCGGAUGCGCAGCCUGGGGGGUGGUCACCGCCAGACCUUCCGCUCAGUGCCUAGUGUCCAGGCAAUAUCUCUGCCAAGCUGCCCUCAUCGGGGUCGCCGUAGCCCAAGUGGCUCUUGGUAGCGUGCAAGGUUAUCACGGACUCGUACUGGCCUCCGGGCUUUACGGCGCCUCGCUCGGCGGCGCGCUCUACUCUCUCAAGAUGCUGGCUCUGGAAAGGCUGCGAGCGAGACAUUUCGCCAGAUCUUGGGCUCUGGUUCAAGCUGCGGAAGCUCUGCCGAUCCUUCUCGGAGUUCCUCUCACAGGUUACAUGAACGCGAACAGCCCGCGGGUGGGUUACUACGCGUGCACGUUGAGUUCCUUGUGCGGCGCGGCGCUGCUCUUCCUGGUCGGCUGGGGACGGCAGCCGGCGUCGCCGCUGCUGCCGGGGCCGCGGCUCUCGAGCCUCGGCGUCAUGCCACCACCGCCACCAUGCGCCUGUCCGCCGCCGCCGCGGCCUCGGCUGCCCAAGUCGCAGUCCCUGCACGUGCCGCUCGACGUGGAGGACAACAUGCGCGAGCGGGAGUACAUCGCCGAGCGGAUGCACGAGCCCGAUCACUACUGUCACCCGCAAUUCCACGCGCCGUUGCGGCCCAGCAAGAGCGUGCCCGAGGGUCUCGGCCACCAGGACCCGUACCGGAUGCGUCCACGACGUCACCGGGACAUCACCGUCAUAGAGCAGAUCACCACCAGUGUGUAAAAGAGACGAUCGAAGCGCGAUCGAGACUCUUAGGCUGAUGGGAACUCUCUUUCUGCUUUCACGAUGACGUUUGUUUUAGAUGAGUUUGGAGAAGAUCCUUUUCUGGGUUUGUUGCGUCGUUUUAAGUAUAGGGUGUUACAGCGGUGUCGUGUUCGUAUUGAGAAGCUAGAUUCUAUUACGAAUUCCGACGCAAAUAUUGAUCCCGGAGUUGUACAGAAAUGCUAUCUGGACAGUUUCGGGAAAAAAGGGUUUUUUUGCUUUUCCUUAUCUCUGGAAAAGUCGAGCGGGGAAAAGAAGAAUAAUAUUGCAUUUUUUUAUUGCUCACGUUGCUAUCUCGAGAAAUGCUAUUGUUACGCUGUUUUUUCAACUUGCUUUUCUUUUAUUCUCUGCAUCGUGUCACCCAAGUGUAACAUACGGACAAUUUGGGGUUGCUCUUGAGAAGAAAAAAAAAGAUUGAGGACCAUUAGUGUGUAAAGCUGGUGCGCAGUUGCAAGCGUAAGCGGAAAGUAAAAUAGUAACUUUGAGAAAAAAAAAAAAAAAGAAUCGCAA